AUGGAACAAAAGAUAAUUCAAAUUCGGUCGAACGACGGCGCUGUAGUAAAAAGAGCGCUCAUCAACUCUGAGGGUCUCUCUCGUUGGCUGCAAGAGCUUAGCGAAGAGCACGACUUGGAACCCGGUGUCAAGUACAAGUAUUUACUUGAUGCUGACUGUGUUGGUCAUGACGAGUAUGGCACCUUGAAAGCAGAAGUUAUCUAUAGUCUGCCUCCCGUUAGGAAAAAGCAAAAGACGACGUCAUCGACGAUAGCAGAAUUGAUCAAUGUCAAGAAUUUUGACGCGGCCUUUUCGAAGCUAGAGGAGACCUCCGUCCAGUUUAGGGAAAACGAUAUGGAGGCUGAGAAUGACAUUUGCAGCCCAGUCAAGAUUCACGAUACAUGGAUGGGUCACGAAGAAAUUUUGAAGCAAGACCUCAGGGACACUUGUGCAAAACUACGACUGAAUAUUGAGAUGCAACCCGAAGGGAAUCGCACAGCACGAGUGAGCAUUUCCCAAAUUCCUUGCCAGCGAGAUUGGUUUUCCUCUGCUCUCAGUGGAUCCCAGUACGCGCCGGCAAUUUGCCGUACAACAGCUGGAAAAAUCGACAAUUCUGUCCUUAUUGGAGUGGAUGAGGUCAUGGAACUGAAAAACGUUGGGACCAUCCAUCAAAUCGCGUCACUGGCAGGAGAAAUCGCGGCUGAGUGCUUCCAAGAAAACAAACACCAGCAAGUGUCAUUUUUCAUCACAUCUCUUCGAAUAGCUGCUUUUUCUACAUCAAGCGGGAGGCCUGUCAUACCAUUCGAUCCACCAAUCGCGGAUGAAUCGGCGGUAGAAGUUGUACUUCGCGAAUACCUGCACGGACGCGACAUGGAGAAGUGCAAAGCCUUGGUCAUUUCUGCCGCUGGUUUUCACUUUCGAUCUAUGGUAUUUGCCGCACAAGUGAUUGCUAAGGAAUUAGAUCCAAAAGUGCCAUCGGUUCUUUCAGAAGUCUUUCAACGGUGGAAAGUGAGAGUUGGGGGUUUCGAGGACCUGUGUGAAAAUAUAAGAGACUACGUGUCGGAUUGUUGCAAAGGGGUUUCGAGAGGAUCGCAACCGGAGAAAAGAAUGAGCAACCUGGAAGAUUUUCUUGACCGUACAGGAGCUCUCCCUCCUCCUUUGAUAUGUUGUGCAUUUGGUGUCAUCUCUGACGAUCAGACCGGCGUCGGCAGUCGCAUGAUCGACAGGAAGCACCCACUCUUUGGCCUUUUCAACUGCGAGUUCGCCUUUAUGGAUCCAGCAAAGCACUUAGAGCAGUUCGGCACAUUCUAUGACCUCUUCCGUUCAAGCAUCCGUUUGCCUGUGCUAUCCGGAAAGCAAGAGGUCGUAGUCCCUAGGAAGGCCAGCAAGCACGCUACAGACUGGUUCCACAAGCUCGAAUACCCGAAAGGAAUGACCAUUAGCACAGAGUCCAUUUUGGAGGUUUGUGCACGCAAGCCAGUUCUCACCAAAGAAGGCAAGAAAUUGUCCGAAGGGAAAUACUACGCACCUUCUGCUAGGCAGCACCCGUUAAUUGACCGUGCUUUCGUUGCAUCCUAUGGAAGGGAUCAGGCUGUUGUGCUCAUACAAGACAAGCUAAGCAAGGACGAACCGAAAGCAGUCAAAGAUCUCAAUGCUGCGGCAAACUUGAUUCGAGCACAAAACACAGAAAUGGAAGUUCUAUGCAUUGUGAACAUUAUUGGAGCCGGGGCGGCGACAACCGCGCAAGACUCGCUUGAACACCCCUACACCCUUGUCCGAGAAGAUGAAUUAGACGGUUUCUAUUCCGUAAACUUUUCUGGUGUUGCUAGGUUCGCUCGUCAGCGGAAAGAACUGGCUAAUUCUCAAGAAGGUGAGUGUUCGGGGUAG